CGGCCGGGGAGGGAGUCCAAGAGCUGCCAGGGACAGCGGGGCCGAAAAGUAGGAAGGAAGGGAAAAGGCAGACGGCAUCCGGGGACGGGCGCAAGGGCAGCGGGCUCAGAAGUAUGCGGAGGGCCCCUUCGCGGGCUCGGGCACUCGCGGGGAGCGAGCCUCGGCCAAGUUGGGCGGCCGCUGCCCGGGCGGCGUCGAUGGCUGCGCGCCCCGCGGCGCGCGGCAGCUGAGCGGGAGCCACUUCCCCUCCGGCCCGGCUUUUGUGUCUCGCGUCGCCUCCCCAUGCUGUGUCCAGCCACCUCCUGCGGCGGCCGCUGCUGAGGCGCUCGCGCGGGCCCAGGCGGGAGGAGACGCGCGGACGGCCGCGGGUCCAGGCGGGACUAUGGGAAACGGGAUGUGCUCCCGAAAGCAGAAGCGGAUCUUCCAGACGCUGUUGCUGCUGACCGUGGUGUUCGGCUUCCUCUACGGCGCGAUGCUCUACUACGAGCUGCAGACUCAGCUGCGGAAAGCCGAGGCAGUGGCGCUCAAGUACCAGCAGCACCAGGAGUCCCUCUCCGCCCAGUUGCAAGUUGUGUAUGAACACAGAUCAAGAUUAGAGAAAUCCUUACAAAAAGAAAGACUCGAACACAAGAAAGCCAAGGAAGAUUUUCUCGUUUAUAAGUUAGAAGCGCAAGAAACGCUAAAUAAAGGAAGGCAAGAUUCCAAUAGCAGAUACAGUGCGCUGAAUGUCCAGCAUCAGAUGCUGAAAAGUCAGCACGAGGAGCUAAAGAAGCAGCACAGUGACUUGGAGGAGGAGCACCGCAGACAGGGGGAGGACUUCAGCAGGACCUUCAGUGACCACAAGCAGAGGUACCUGCAGCUGCAGCAGGAGAGGGAGCAGGAACUUUCCAGGCUGAAAGAAACUGUGUACAAUUUGAGAGAAGAAAACAGACAGCUCCGGAAGGCGCACCAGGAUGUGCACACGCAGCUCCAGGAUGUCAAGCAACAGCAUAAGAAUUUACUCUCCGAGCACGAGCAGCUUGUAGUGACUCUGGAAGACCACAAGAGUGCGCUCGCGGCCGCGCAGACACAGGUCGCAGAAUAUAAACAGCUGAGAGAGACUCUGAACAGGAUUCCAAGCUUUCGAAAACCCGAUGAACCAGCCCAGCAAAAUCUGACCCAGGCAGCACAUUCUCCACCAGGUCACAACACAGCAAGGCAGGGGCCCACUGGAGAGCCUCGGGAGGUGUCUCGAAAUAGUGACGUGUGGCAGAAGCGUGAAGCAAUUCCUGGAAGGCCAGAAGACUUGAAUCCUCAGGCUCCCACCUACAAGGAGGUGGCGCUGCAGGCUCCAGCCGCGCUGAACCAGCAGGCAGCCGCAGGCAGAGAGCCCGAGCGGCAGGUGGGAGAGGAGCACAGACGGGCCCUGGAAGAGGAGCAGAUGCAGCAGGCUGGGCGGGCCGAGCGCCUGGAGGAGGAACAUGAACUUUCCCCGGAGGAACAGGACCGGGAGUGGAAAGAACCCCGGGAGCAAAGAGAGGAAGCCGACUCCCUGGACGGGCAUGCCCACAUGCAGGCGCACCCUUCACCCAAGCCGGCCACCAGAUUCCGAUCAGCCUACGAGGAGCAGCUGGAGCAGCAGAGGCUGGCGGUGCAGCAGGCGAAGGAGGCGCAGCGCCUACGCGAGCACCAGGAGGCCUUGCGCCAGCAGCAGCUGCAGGGACACGUGUGGCGGCCACGGCAGGAACAGCAGCAGCAGCAGCUGGCCCGGGAGCUGGCCGCCCAGGUGCAGCAGGUGGCGCGUGAGGAGGACCGGCCCCUGCGCUCCGAGCAGCCCAGGCAGCAGGGUCAUUAUGAUACUCUGGAUAAUGACAUCGUUCAGGGAGCCGAGGACCAGGGAGUCCAAGAAGAGGAAGGAGGUGCCUAUGAAAGAGACAACCCCCACCAAGAUGAAGCAGAAGGGGACCCAGGAAACAGACAUGAGCCUGGCGAACCAGGACCCCCAGAAGCUGACCCCGAGUCUGAGGCAGAUAGGGCAGCUGUGGAGGAUAUAAACCCAGCAGAUGACCCGAAUAAUCAAGGUGAAGAUGAAUUUGAGGAAGCUGAGCAAGUGAGAGAAGACAAUUUGCCAGAUGAAAAUGAAGAGCAGAAGCCAAGUCAUCAAAAGCAAGAGGACACAGAAAUGGGGGAACAUUUGGUGCAGAUGGCAGGAAAUCCAGACCAGCAGGAGGAUGUCGUGGACGAGCAGUACCAGGAGGAGGGAGAGGAGGAGGUUCAGGAAGAUUUGACCGAAGGAAAGAAAAGGGGGCUGGAGCGUCAUGCUGAAGAGACCUACGGUGAAAACGAUGGCAACGCCGAUGAUAAAAACAAUGGUGGAGCAGACCAGGGAGCCCGAGAUGACAAGCGCCCCGAGGGCCGGGAGGAGCAGUAUGAGGAGGAGGAAGGGGAGGAGGACGGAGCUGCAGUUCCAGAGAAGUCACGGCGCAGAGCUGAGAUGUAACCCGUCCCCACACAGGGCUCCACCAGUGGAUUCUUAUCAAGCUGCUCAAAAAUUAAAUCUGCCUACUGAACUCUAGAAUAUUUAAUUAAAAAAAAAUUAAGAAUUUAGACUUUAAAAAGUUUUGUAUUAGAAAUGCUCUUACAUUUAUAUGAAUAUAUUUUGAUAACUUAGGUUAGAGCUCCUUUUGUAUUCAAGCUAAACCUGACCAAGAAGAAAGCAAUAAAGGAACCCUUGGUCUCUGAAUCGCUUUUUUAUAGACUCUGUGAUGCUGGAAAGUGUUGAUUCUGUGUAUGUUUUGACCUCUCGCCUUUCUGUCUCCUAGCUGACCCUUGUUGUACUGUUUGCCUUUAAUAACAUAGGAGGUUUUGGAGCAGGGAGCACUGCAAGACGCUGUCCCACCGGUAAGGAGACGGCCAGUGUUCUGACUGCUGCCCUUCGGAGCCUCUUCUGCAGGGUUCUGAUAGAAUGUUCACCAGUCUGUAGAUCUGUGGAGUGACAUCCAUGGAUGGAGUGACACAUGGUGGGAAAAGCCAUUUUUUUUUUUUUUACAGGGUAAAGGCAUUGUUUUUUAAGACUUUUCAGAGCAGUUAGGAAAAUGUCUGGCAUUACAUAAAAUCACAGUUGUUCUGCUCGAGAGGAAUUGGCUUUAAAGAUGAGAUGAUAUGAAAUCUCACGGCAGCAUCCUGGACUUGGUGGGUUUCCUUCGGUUUUCAGAUCAGGUGUGGACACAUCCACAUGUUAACCUUUCUGGAGGACGGGAGACUCGUUUAAAAACAAGUGGCGUUUUCUGUGUGAGCACCAUUCUCAGUCUGUCUCUUCUGACAUCACCUAGGGAUAUAUCCUGUUUCAGUAUCAGGUUCCUCCACUGCUGUCUGUUCCCCUCUAAGCCCUGUGCCUCAGUAUAUAAUACUCAUGAUAGGUGUGAGAUUGAGGGCACACCAGACUGGACAGUGUAAUGGAAUUAUUUUUCAAAACGACAUGGUGUCAAAUACAUGGUGAUAAGGUUGCCCCUCAUGAUUCCUCUAUUUUCUGAGAUUGGGCCUGCUUUUUGCUUCUGUAUAAGGCAUUUUAAUGAUUAUGAAUUAUAAUAAAUUCCUCAAAAUAAGAAAAUUAAAAAUCAAAAACUUCUCUUGGUAUAGAGACAUAUUUCAGUUGCAAUCAUAAAUAUUUUUAUAAUAUGUAAGACUAGGUUAUGCAAUUCAUGUGUUUGGUUUUAUAAUAAAAACUGUCAAGUUAAUAAAAACAAAUUUCAUUUUCUACCAUAAUUGUAUGAAUCUAAUUUUAUUUUUUAAUAACCACACCCGUGUAUGGUUUUGAUUAUCCCACUUGCCUGUCUGUGUAUGCAUUGGAAUAUUUUGUUCAGAUGAAUUUGGGAUUUCCAAUAAUCAUAAGUCAAACCUUACCUUUUCUGUAUAAACCCCCUUUAUGUAAUGUAAAAUGUAUAAUAUUGUACAUAAUAUUCAGAAUACAAUUAUUUUGAUAAAUUAGUUUGUAUUUUUAAUGUCCUAGUUGCAGUAUUUAAUUAUUUGAACCAUAUUGAAACUUGGUAAUAGUUAAUAAAGCUAUAAAAAGCAAGUA